AUGGUGCACGACGUUGAGCUGGAAGUCGUCAGCUUCAGACGAUCACCAGUCUACCAGAACUUUCCUCUUCAUUUAGAAACGACAAAAUCAUUAUUAAUUGAAUCGAAUAUUAUUCCUCAAAAUGAACUGGUGGAGGAAAAGCUUUUAGUGAAAGUUGGAAAUCGAAAACCUGUGAAGAGAACGAAAGUUGAACCAGAACCUCGUGUGGUUAAAAUUCCUCCUCUGAUUCCACAACCUAAAACUGUAGUCGAAGAAGUAAAACAAGCAGAAACUCAUGACAUAUACGGAGAUGUGAACAAACGUAGUCCGAAUGAAUUUGAAGAGUUGAGCUUGAUUCGGGUUGUAACAAUCUAUAUUGCGUGGCUGAUACUUAUAGCCUCAGCAUAUUUAAGACAUUUUCUGGUUGUAUUAGGAAUUGAAAAAGAUAAGGGAACGAAGGAACUGGAAAAGCAAAAGGAUUUCGUUCCGUUGUAUUCUGAUUUCGAUGCGCUCUAUAUAAGACGAAUGUACAUAAGAAUCAAAGAUGUCUUUGAAAGGCCUAUUGCCACGGUGCCCGGUUCCACAGUUGAACUGCUUGAUCGAGUCACAACUGACAGCAAUUGGACUUUCUCAUUCCCGGGAACAAAGACAAAAGUUGUAAAUGUUAGUUCUUAUAAUUAUCUCGGAUUCGCUCAAGCAUCUGGUCCUUGUGCUGAUUCUUCUGUUAAGGCCAUUGAAGAGAAUGGACUUUCUCAAUGCUCGUCAAUCAAAGAGUUUGGUAUUCCAAAGCAUCAGAGAAAACUUGAAAAGCUCGUUGCUGAAUUCCUAGGGUUAGACGAUGCUAUCUGCUGUAGUAUGGGUUUUGCCACAAACUCAAUGAAUAUUGCCGCUUUGGCUGAUAAGAACACUUUAAUCAUAUCGGAUGAGCGAAACCAUACAUCCCUCAUUCUUGGUUGCCGAUUAUCGGGCGCUGUCAUCAAAGUUUUCCGUCAUAAUGACACUGAACAUCUGGAGGAACUCUUGAUCGCUGCUAUACGUGAAGGAAAUCCACGCACCAAAACAAAAUACAGCAAAGUUCUCAUUGUAAUAGAAGGAAUCUAUUCUAUGGAAGGAUCUAUCUGCCCUUUGCCAAAGAUUAUUGAGCUGAAAAAGAAAUACAAAGCAUAUUUAUACUUAGAUGAAGCUCAUUCUAUUGGUGCUAUGGGUAAAACAGGUAGAGGUGUAGUCGAGUAUUGGAACUGUAACACUAAAGAUGUGGAUGUUAUGAUGGGAACUUUCACUAAGAGCUUCGGAUCAGCUGGAGGUUAUAUCGCUGGCUCAAAAGACAUCAUAGAGUACUUACGCAAGAAAUCGCAUACUUGCUACUACAGUGCUUCAAUGUCUCCUCCAGUUGCUCAACAGGUACUCACAUCAAUGUCCAUCAUCAUGGGCAAAGAUGGAACAACAGAUGGUGCCAAACGAAUUGAGAGAUUAGCUAGAAACUCAAGGUACUUCCGCAUGAAGCUUAAACAGGCCGGUUUGGUUAUCUAUGGAAGUGACGAUAGUCCAGUUGUACCUGUAAUGACCUAUUAUCCAGCAAAAUGCGGAUAUUUCGGACGAGGUAUGUUGGAACGUGGAGUCGGUGUUGUAGUCGUGUCCUACCCGGCUACUGAAAUGACUGAAGCUCGUAUCAGAUUCUGUAUUUCCGCAGCACACACGAAAGAUCAGUUAGAUAAAGUAUUAUAUGAAUUAUUGGAACUAUGUGAGAAUUCGGGAACUUGUUAUUCCAAUAGGAAACAUCUCUAUGAGAAUAUGAAAAUAGAAUGGUGA